AUGCUUGCCUGCAUCCAACCGCGGCAGUUCCAGCGGUUUGAUACGGACUGGCAGAUGACUGCAGGCUGCAUGAUGGGGGCCAAGGCCGACGACAAAUACCAUGGCCAAGAAACGGUCCGGCCUACCGAGACGGUGGUGACCUUUCGCUUGCCUAAAGCAAAGGCAACGGAAUUGCCUCAGCUCUUGUUGCUUUCGGGCACCGAACAGGCGAGGCUCAUGUCAUGCGAUGGCGCCCGCUCCGCCUUCCCCGCCCCUUAUCAUUUGAUGUCCCAAAGCUAUCCGCCUCUGCGCAAAUCCAGCCCCCAAGGGUUGGCCAGAUGCAUCUUCAACAUGGCCCUUAGGCUGUUUCAUGACCUUUUGACAUUUGCCUGGAUGCUUCACCGAUGGGCUUGGCCUGCUCAGGCGCCGGACCCCCGCGUGGAGGAGGAUCGCUGUCAGAUGAUGACUGAAACGACGAUGAGCGGCUGUGACAAAGCAAAAUCAAAAGCAAAAAACAUCAGUCGGGGUGUGCGGCUGCUCGUAUCUACUCAAGCUACUAUCAGGGCCGUCGCUGUGCUUUCGGGCGGAUUCGCAGGCCGCGGAUCCCGCGAGCAGGAUGCAUCUACACGUCUUCAGUGGCCAGCUCGCAGAGCUAUUUCAUACAUGCAUGCAUAUUACUACUACCCGUAUCCUGGCGAAUGA